UGUAGCCAAUGUUAACAGUGAGUUGAAUAGUAGACUUGAUUCAAGAGGUGUUCACAUUGAACCAUGUAAACAUGUGAAAUUGUUUAAAGACGGUAAAGACUGAGCAUCAAGAAUAGAGUAAACUUGCGUUAAAAUGAUUGUUAAAUAGCGCAUUAGAUUAAACUAGAACAGAAAACACAAAAAAACCAAAAGAAAGGAAAAUUUUGUAAAUUUUGUUCCUUUCGACAAUUAUGAAAUUGAACAAUUUAACCCUUUUACUGGUCAAUCUAACCUGUCAACUGUUAACCUCUCCAUUGAUCAUCAUCUUGUCCACUUGUGCAGUUCACAUUAAACACUUUUCCUUUCCCUCAACCUUCGACCUAACCCGUGAUUCAACCCUAACCCUGGACUGUGAUUACGCUUACAAUGAAAAUGAUUUACUUUUGGUUGUUCGCUGGUUCCAUCAAAGUCUAACUGACCGACCCGAUCCAAUCUACCAAUGGAUACCUGAGCGUCAAGUUCGCCAUGUGGCAGCCGACUAUAAAAGUUCAUUCGAUUACGAGCACGUUUCCGAUGCUUCGGAUCCCUUUACAAUGUACCGUUCGGUAGUUUUACAUCAACCAGUGCCAACCAUGUCUGGUAAAUACAAAUGUUUAAUAUCUUCUCUGGCCAAUUCAGAUUCUCGCGAGGGAAACGUCUUCAUCUAUGCAUCACCCAGAUCAUUUAUAUUCACUUCUCGAGUUGAUCCUGACACCGGUAAUCUAUUACUUAAAUGUAUUACUCGUCAAGUUUAUCCUUUACCUCAAGUUAAUUUAUACAAAUAUGUGACUUCAAGUGCCGUUAAUACUUUUAUAUCUAAAAAAGCAACAUCAACCAAUUCAACAAUCAAGCAAACCAGUGAAUCAAGUUACUCUUCAACAAUACCUUUGAUAAAUGUAAAUAAAAGCAUCAGUUUACCUUCACCUUAUUACGACGUUUCCAUCGAGUAUACACUAAAUGAACAAGAACUUUUGGCAACAGUCUUUAAUCGAAUUCCAACAAUUUUCGAGUGUCGAGUAACAAUCAACAAUACAGACUAUUCGUCAACCAAACGAAUCACCUUGUAUUCAAAUAGAUCAACAUCUGAAUAUCCAUCAGCCAAAUAUUCAAAGAUAAUUAUAUGGUGUUUAACCAUCUUUGGAGCCAUCAUGCCAACCAGAAUGGAGUUCAAUUGUUACUACAUUUGCUGUUGAAUGUCGAAUUGUUGAAACUCGUUUUUUACUGUUGACCAAAUUGAGAUGACAACCAUUGGAAUCGAAAUGACUGAAGAAGAAAAAGUUUCCAAUUUCGUUGUUUUACACUUUCGUUUGUCCUGUUUCAUGUCAAAUUUUUCACCCAAAAUUGUAUUCUAGUUUGAAGGGAAUGAAGAAACUUGUUUUAAAAACUCAUUUCUAUCAACUGUAAAUGUCUAUUGAAGAGCAAUUCAUUUUAUAACAAAUUGAAAUAUUGAAUAAAUGUUUAAAUAUAUUGUUAAUUGUUGGUUUCCUACUUUAAGAAGUCAAAUAAAGAGCAAGAAAAGGUGAAGGAAAUUUUC